UGGGGCCAGAACCUAGGAAGAAACUUAGAGAGGAGCCAUAUACUCUGAGUGUUGGCCAGUCCUCUUCUGGCUUUGCCGGUUUGUCGGACCAUCAACCUCCGGUGCAAAGCAAUCACCUGGACUUGUGUACUUUGGCACCAAAUAUGAUGUUAUCCGAGUGGAAUGAAUAUGCAUGAGUUACGUCCUGAAAUUAUCUCCGCUGCUCAGGAGACUAAAAAUCAUAGACCAUAAAAACAAGGACUUUGGCCUCAGAGAACCGCUGUGUCUUGUGAUGCUUCUAAAACCACACUGGACAACAGAGGCUAGACGGCACGGCAGACCUUCUCCCUCAGAUGCUGUGGUCGGCGGUUUCCCCGUAUUAGAGACAAUGAGCACGCUGAGACGGAGCCAGUCACUGAGGAACCUGUCUAGAUCUGGGGGUCAGGAGAGGUCAUGGGUUAGGUCCUCAUCCUCUCUUUGGGACAACAAGAAGUCUGUGUCUCAGCUUGUACAACAAUAUCAGAGCUGUGUGGAACUAAGCACAUAUGAAACUGAAAACGAGAAGCAAAAGUUAUGCCUUUCCUUUAGAUCCACCAAAGAAGACUUCUCAGAGGCCGGAGCAGACUCCCCAUGGAGGAGGUUAAAGAGCUUGGGAAACCAUGCAGACCAUAUGGGUCUGGGCUCUGGUUCUCUCUGCCUGCACCGGAGUCGCUCCAUGGACUAUCUUCCCCAAAGAGACCGGGCUCCAGAGGGUACCAGAGCCCUGCGAGCCCUGUUUGAAUCCAAGGCUGCCCUCCAGCAGGACAGGAAGCCCAGGCUGAAUGGUGCCUCUCCAGCAAUCAGAGGGGAGGUGUUGGUGGCAGGAAUUCAGUCUACUGAGAAAGCACUCCCUCCAGGGCCAAGGAGGAGUUAUAUGACCGGAGGAAGUCCUGGACAGAAGGAGAAAAAUGUACAACGAACUGGUCAGUGGGAGAGGAGAAAGACCGUUAGCGGUGUCCCGGAGUCCUCCUUCAGAGAAAUCAGAGUGACACAUCCUGAUGACAGGAGGCGCCUGGAUUUGAGUUACACAGACACUCUGUCAACGCAAGACCGAGACAGAGAGAGGAAGUCCACCUCCAACUCCAUAAGAGACAGAUCAGCUCUCUACCUAUCAAGAGUAGCAGCUGCCGAAUACCCAGGAAGCCUCACACGCACAGAACCCAGUAGUUACUCAGGAAAGAAGACUAAAGCCAGCAAGAUGGCCAACAUAGGCAGACAAAUCAGAGUUUCAGAGGCAUGUCACGAGGAAGAUGACCUGCCUUUGCCCGCCCCCAUACCCCCCAAACCUCAGUUCUAUGAAGAGUCUCCGGCUGGAAGCAGCCCCAACCAAGCCUUCCUCCCAAUUCCCCCACCAAAGGAAACCUUUUCAAUGUUCUAUCAGCAGCAACAAAAGAAUGAGCUGAAGAGGCUUUUCAAACACAUCCACCCAGGCCUAAGGGAAAACUUAAAUGACGUAGUAGAUGAUGAACUGGUUGAAGUGAUGCAGUCCGAAGGCGCCCAGACUGCAGCAGAAGCAGGCUACCAAGGUGAGGUCCAGUCCAUGAGAUGGAUCUUUGAGAACUGGACUCUGGACAACAUUGGAGACCCCCAUAUGACCAAGAAGCUGCUGGACGAAGAGAGUCUUCAAGGUGGAGAUGUUCGAGGAACCUCAUCCAUGUUUGAGAACUGCAUGGUGGAUGAUACUCAACAGAUUGUCCAACGGCAGAGCUCAGUCCGAGGUGAUGUCAGAACAUCCACAUGGCUGUUUGAGACCCAAUCCAUGGACUCACUGAACAGAAUCAAUCAAGAGGAGGGCGAGCUGGUCGAGGCUGUGCUCAAGGAACCAAUCCAGAUUGGAGAUGUGAAAGGGGCUCGGCUGCUCUUUGAGACCAAGCCGUUAGAUGCUUUAGGCCGCUGUAGUUCUGUGGAGGACCAGAGAUUUCUUAAGUUGAAGUCAGAGCUCCAGGAGCAGAAGGGAGAUGUGAGGAAGACAGUGAAACUCUUCCAGGCAGAUCCUUGCUGCGCCCUCAGAGACACAAGCGGCAACAUACAUGAGAUCAAGUCUAUCUGCAGGGAGGAGAUCAUGAGCAGCAACAUUAGCACAGCACGCUGGCUCUUUGAAACUAAACCUGUAGAUGUCAUCAACAAGGGGACCUCCGGAAUGCAGAUUAUCCGGGGAAUAUCGCUUGAAGAACUACAGAAAGGAGGGGUUGACAGAAAGAGGUGGAUGUUUGAGACUCAGCCAAUAAAUGCUAUACAGGAAGAUGGAAUCGAUGAAGACAGGUUUCAGGGGACAGUGGUUGAUGUUGUGCCUGAUGCUGAUGUUGGGACCAAACUAAAGCUAUUCGAGACCCAGCCAUUGGCAGCACUGAAAGGACAGACAACAGAAGGAGCUCAGGAGAAGGAAGAAAUAUUGGGGGGGGAUAUAAAAUCCUCCCUUUGGUUGUUUGAAACUCAACCCACAGAGACUCUAAAGGACAGUUUCGAAGUGGGGCAUUUGAAGAAAGUCACCCUCUCUACUAAGGAAGAAGUGGAAGUAAAAGGCAAAAAGGACAUGUUUGAAAACUAUAACUUUAGAAAAGACAUCUCAGUCGGAGCUGUAGAAAACACAAUCAGCAAAGAUCAAGGGAUAGAGAAGGGUGACGUCAAAUCGUACAAGCACCUCUUUGAAACAAUCCCCCUUUGCAACAUCACCCAAUCAAAGGAGGAAGUGUUAAAUGAAAAGACUGAAAUGGACAUCACCGGAGGAGAUGUGAAAGGAAACCGGACACUCUUUGAGGAGACACCCUUAUACGCUAUCAAAGACUGCUCAGGGAACUUCCAUGAAGUCACAACAGUCAGCCGAGAGGAGUCCAUCAAAGGAAAUGUCCAAAACUACAAGUGGAUGUUUGAGACCAAGCCCAUUGACCAGUUUGACGAGGGAAAAAAUAAUGUUGAGGUUAUUAAAGGAAUCACCAGGCAGGAGGAAAAAUCAGGAGAUGUCAAGAUGGCCAAAUGGCUCUUCGAGACACAGACAAUAGAUGGUAUCCAUUCUAAGUUCAACCAGUCAGAUCAGCAGAAUUCCACAGAGAAACAGGAACAACCUAAGAAAGGCAAUGUGAAGACCUGUAAGUGGCUUUUUGAGACUCAGCCUAUGGAUAUUCUGUACGACAAAUCAGAAAAGAUCCCAGAUAAAGAAGAAGCAAUAGAAAAUCCAAGUGUAAAGUCUGUCACUUGGCUUUUCGAAUCACAGCCUCUGGAUAGCAUUAAAGAAAGUGAAGAGCAAAGUUUAAAAUUAUGCAGCACCAUUUCAGAUGGUGUCAAGCCUGAGGUCGGUGUGCAAACAGUGAAGCACCUUUUUGAGACAGAGACUUUAGAUAGAAUAAGGAAGGACACCGACACAAAACACGAUGUUAGAUAUGUCAGUGAAGUGCAUGUCCAGUCUGGUGAUGUCUCUCGGGUCAAAGAAAUUUUUGAGACUAAGUCCUUAGACGAAAUUGGUUUUGAGUCUAUAAAGUUAUGUGAAGAUGAAAGUAUUCAGAAAGGAGCGGUACGAAAAUGUACUUGGCUUUUUGAGAACCGUCCUAUCAAUCAGAUAAAUGAUAAGGAGGAAAAUGACACAAUCAUUCAAUGUGUUAAUGAUGUGGAGGGUGGUGAUGUCCACAACAAGAAGUUUAUUUUUGAGACAUUCUCUUUAGACAAGAUCCAUGACGAAGAUGAACUUUUGGAGCACAAGUUGGAAUCUGUGGAAAAGCCGCUGGGCAACGUCGAUGUCAAAUCCAGCACAAUGCUAUUUGAUUCCCAGCCACUCUAUGCCUUAAGAGACAAGGAAGGGCAUUUCCAUGAAGUUACCACAGUACAGAAGGAGGAGGUGAUGAGUGGGGACGUGAGAGGAGCCCGUUGGAUGUUCGAAACAAAGCCCCUUGAUGCUAUCAAGGCAGAGAAGGAGAUCUAUGUGAUCCGAGCGGUCACGCAGGAAGACGUCAAAAAGGGCGACGUCAAGUCAGCCAGGUGGAGAUUUGAGACGCAGCCUCUGGACUCCCUAUCAGUAAAGGAGGAACAAGGACAACCCUCUGCUAAGGUUGUUGAAGACUUUGGGAACUGUAAUGUAAAGCUCAACAAACAGCUCUUUGAGUCUGAUCAGUCAGCCAGCAAGAAGUAUGUAAGGAUGGUCAGUGUGACAGAUGUUCAGCAAGGUGAUGUCAGGACCUCCACCUGGCUGUUUGAGAACCAGCCCAUAGACUGCCUUAAGGGAGAGCCAGAGGAGAAGGGACCUGUUCAGACGGUCCAGAGAGAAGAUAACCAAAAAGGAGAGGUAAAACGCUGUACCUGGCUAUUUGAAUCCCAGCCAUUGGACAAGAUAAAGGAGGCAGAAUCCAAUACUAAUGCAGCACAGGUCAUUGAGGAGGAGAUCCCAAAAACAUACGUGAAGAGCACAACUUGGCUUUUCGAGACAACACCCAUAGACAAAAUUAUUGCAGUUGAUAGUGUGGGAGAAACUCUCUAUCGUCUGGAUCAACUAGAAAUCAUCCACUCAAAUGGCAUCCUUAUAGAGUCAAAUGACAUCACAAAUGUAAACAUGGUGAAAUACCUUUUUGUUAAAACCAAGGGAGCACAAAUUCAGAAAGAAGAGAUUGUUGAAGGAAACCUCAGAAACAUUAUGUUACAGUUAUUAUCCAGACCAACCCUUAAACCCCAGAUUACUCUUCUGAAAGAGGUAGAACAGGAUAAAGUUCAAACAACAGUAUUGGAAAUACCAGUCAAUCAGCCAGCAUCAGCUACGCAAGACAAAGAUGAUAUGGUACAGAAAAUCGAUCAAAUCAUUGAAAGCUUGCUUGAUCAAAAUAAGCUGGUGAAGAAGGGGAUAAUCAUGCAGGAGUCUGAGGGAGGUCAUGCAGAGAUGACCGUUUACUCACUUCUCUGUCAAACCAAAAUGGAGUGCCAAGACAUUACAAAGGGAGAUGUGAAGUCAACCAUUGGCAGCCUUUUAGCCAGCGCCAACAACCCCAGGACCUCUGCCUCAUGUACACUAGAUGAGAAUGAAAAAGGCAACGUCAACCUAUACAGGAGUUGCAUUGAGAAAGGAGAUUUGCAAAAACUGAAAAGCCUUCAAAUAGAGCAAUCUGAAAUGGAUGAUCUUCACCUCACACCGAAGGAACAGAUUGAGAUUGUGCAAGGAGAUGUGAAGGAAGCAAAGAAGAACCUACAAAAACAGAAGGAUCAAGUUGAACGUACUAUUUCAGAUGUCUUGCCAGGGGAUGUGAAGAAUGCCAAAAGAGUCUUCUCAACAGAGGGCUCUAUUGACAUUAAUGUUGAAAACUGCAUUCCUAAAGAAGAGAUUAUCCGUGGUGACAUUUCCACAGCUAAGCAACAACUUGCUUUAAAACAGACAGUUUCCCUGGAAAAGGAGGAAAUUGUAGCUGGCGACAUCAAGGCUACUUUGCAGUCUUUAGAAAGGGCAAAGCAACAGAGCAUGCAUGUAGAGCGUGAGGUCAUCAUCCCAGGAACCAUUUAUGACAUGGACCUAGCAACGCAGGGUCCAGACUCGGAAGGAAAUCAGAUGCAGAAGGAGGAAAUAGUAUCAGGAGAUGUGAAGGCAGCAAAGCAGUCACUAGAGAUGGCAAAGAGUCAGAGUGUGCGUGUGGACCGCGAUAUCAUCGUCCCAGGCAAAACACACUACGUCAAUGUCUCAUCUGAAGAUCUGAGCUCCACGACAGUGAGGCAAUCGACAUCUUCGUCAGCCACCAGAAGCCACCGGAUCACCACGACUUUUCAAAAGUAACCCUUGGCAAACCGCCAGUCAUCACAGCACAGACUUCAGAACCUCUCACUCUUUCAGACCAUGAAGAAAACUGUAAAACUACCCCAAAAGAUGCCCUAAGACCACCUCCGCUUCCCCCCAAAGUAAAUGAAAAGUCACAAGACUUGAAGCCGGCUCUACCACCAAAACCAAAA